CGAGUUCCUGCAAAAACCUGAAACGUGCAGCUUCUCGCUCUCCUCUCUCUCUCUUCUUCCUCUCUUUCUCUCUUGAUUUGAAGAGAGAGUAAUCGUUCGAUUUCGAUAUCGUGUUUUUGGAUUUUUUUUCUCGGAAAAUUUUGGAAUCGUUUUGAGUUUUGUGGUCAACCAUGAAUAUCUUUCGAUUUGCUGGUGAUAUGACUCACUUGAUCAGUAUUUUAAUCCUUCUUCUCAAAAUCUACGCGACAAAAUCUUGCGCUGGAAUCUCUCUCAAGACUCAAGAGCUAUAUGCGCUUGUGUUCUUAGCUCGCUACUUGGAUCUGUUUACGGAUUACGUCUCUCUUUACAACAGCGUCAUGAAGGUUGUCUUCGUUGCCAGCUCUUUGGCUAUUGUUUGGUGUAUGCGUAGGCAUCCACUUGUGCGGAGGUCAUACGAUAAGGACCUGGACACAUUUCGUCAUCAAUAUGUUGUGUUAGCCUGUUUUGUUCUGGCACUUAUCCUGAAUGAGAAAUUCACAUUCCAAGAGGUAUUCUGGGCCUUUUCUAUCUACUUGGAGGCAGUUGCUAUCCUUCCCCAGUUGGUUCUGCUACAGAGAAGUGGAAAUGUCGACAAUUUGACUGGGCAAUAUGUUCUCUUUCUCGGGGCGUAUCGUGGACUCUAUAUCAUCAACUGGAUCUAUCGCUAUUUCACAGAAGAUCAUUUCACUAGAUGGAUUUCUUGUGUAUCCGGUCUUGUCCAAACAGCUCUCUACGCUGAUUUCUUCUACUACUAUUACAUAAGCUGGAAAACCAACACCAAACUUAAGCUUCCAGCUUGAACAGAACCCGACAAAUUUUGAGACAGUAUCACAAUCAAGGAAGGCAGGAAGUUACAGCAAUGUUGACAUUAGAAAAGAGAGACACGGUUGAUAUUUGGAUUCUCCCUGUUUUUAACAAUAUGCAAAAUUGUUGUUUUGAAAUGUGCCUUUUUAGUCUUUUAAUGCACAUUGUAGAUUUCUCAACGAUUUUAGACAUUAAGAAGAGGCUUCGUUAUAUCAAAACUAGUCUUUAUAGAAAGAGAGAAAAACACGCAAACUCUUUUACUUU